UGCCAGCCAGUCAUCAUGUUGCCACUCUCUUAGUCCGACACUAUCAUGAUCAAGCAGCUCACCAAGGUCGCCAUUUAACAGAGGGCGCACUGCGCACUGCCGGUGUCUGGAUAGUAGGAGGGAAGAGGCUCAUUUCGAGUAUAAUAUUCAAAUGUGUCAUCUGCAGGAAGUUGAGAGGCAAGUUUGAGGUUCAGAAAAUGUCCGAUCUGCCUGCUGACAGACUGUCCAUGGAUCCACCUUUUACACAUGUAGGGCUUGAUGUCUUUGGUCCAUGGAGUGUGAUAACUCGUCGCACAAGAGGUGAUGCUGCUUUGAGUAAAAGAUGGGAAGUCAUUUUCACAUGUCUCAGUACGAGAGCUGUUCACUUGGAGGUUAUUGAAACCAUGUCCACCUCAAGUUUCAUUAAUGCCUUGAGGCGCUUCCUGUCGAUUCGUGGACCUGUCAAACACCUCAGGUCAGACAGAGGCACAAACUUUAUUGGAGCAUGCGGAGAGCUUCAGAUAAACACGGACGAUCCUGAGAUCAAGGACUAUCUGCAAGACCAUGGUUGUACAUGGAUAUUUAAUGCACCUCAUUCCUCACUUAUGGGUGGAGCUUGGGAGAGGAUGAUUGGUGUGGCUCGACGGGUCCUUGAUGCACUGCUGUUGAAGAAUAAGGAUAAACUGACCCAUGAAGUCCUGGCCACUUUGAUGGCUGAAGUUAUGACCAUCAUGAACGCCAGGCCUCUGGUUCCCAUCUCUUAUGAUACAGAUCUUCCUGAGAUACUCUCACCUGCUACUCUUUUAACCCAGAAGGCAAGUGUGACACCCACACCCCCGGGGGACUUUGAACUGGAUCACCUAUGUAAGGCACAGUGGCGCCAGGUCCAGAGCUUGGCGAACUCCUGGAAACGGUGGAAGCAGGAGUAUCUGGCAACUCUUCAGCCUCGGAGGAAGUGGACCGAGGAGCAGCCUAAUCUCCAGGACGGUGACGUUGUUUUGUUAAAGGACGUUCAAGCACAACGUAAUGACUGGCCUCUUGGUCUGAUAGUAAAGGCCAUUCCAAGUUCGGACUGCAAGGUGCGAAAGGUCAUGGUGAAGACCUUAGGUCAAGGGACAGUUAAAGAGUACCUUAGGCCCAUCAGCGAUGUGGUGUACUGA